AGUGGGAGGAAUAGUGCCCCAUCAUUGGUAUCAGUGGGAGGAAUAGUGCCCCAUCAUUGGUGUCAGUGGGGGGGGAAUAGUGCCCCAUCAUUGGUAUCAGUGGGAGGAAUAGUGUCCCCAUCAUUGGUAUCAGUGUCAGUGGGGGGAGGAAUAGUGCCCCAUCCUUGGUGUCAGUGGGGGGAGGAAUAGUGCCCCAUCCUUGGUGUCAGUGGGGGGAGGAAUAGUGCCCUAUCCUUGGUGUCAGUGGGGGGAGGAAUAGUGCCCCAUCCUUGGUGUCAGUGGGGGGAGGAAUAGUGCCCCAUCCUUGGUGUCAGUGGGGGGAGGAAUAGUGCCCCAUCCUUGGUGUCAGUGGGGGGAGGAAUAG